AUGGCGCAGUAUUUCUUCGAUCUGCUAUAUAAUUUUACGGAUUGCAUGUGCUGCUUUCCCAGCACGCCGCAACUGAAGAUCAACAAUCGCAGCUUUAAAAUGCUGCGACUCCUGGACAAAUCCACCUCCGAACUCUUUGCGCUGAAGAAGAUCCGUUGUCCGUUCGGUCAGGAGUCCGUCUCGCAGGCACUGAAGGAAGUGGAGGCAUACAAUCUCUUCACGAACCAAUCCAACAUCAUCCAUUCGAUCGAUCACAGCGUUGCGACCGAACCGGGGUCCAAGUUUCGCGCCGACGGGGGCGAUGCCGGCUCCAAGACCGUCUACAUUCUCCUGCCGUAUUACCAACGGGGGAACCUCCAAGAUGCGAUCAACGCCAAUCUGGUCAACCACACCCGCUUCCCCGAGAAGCGUCUGAUGGUGCUGAUUCUAGGAGUCGCCCAGGCCCUCCGCGCCAUGCACCAGUACCGGGUCAAGAGCGGUUCCGGAACCACGCGCAAGGCCAAGGCCGUUCGGCGGGAGGGCGCAGAGGCCGACGCGGAGAGGACAAUGACCAUGAAACCCCAGCGACGGGCCAGCCAAAAGGUUGCGGACGACGAGGACGACGAGGAAAACGAGCCGUUGAUGGAUGACGAGGUCACCCAGAGUCAGCAAGGGAUUGCGGAUGGCCAGCUUCGCCCCUAUUCCCACCGAGACAUCAAGCCUGGCAACGUAAUGAUUGAUGAUGACGGUCGGAGCCCCAUCCUCAUGGACCUGGGGUCCCUGGCGCCUAGCCCCAUUGCCAUCACGUCGCGCUCGUUGGCCAUCGCCGUCCAGGAUACCGCAGCCGAGCAUAGUACCAUGCCGUAUCGCGCCCCCGAACUGUUCGAUGUCCAGACGGGCUCGGUCAUCGACACCAAGGUCGAUAUCUGGUCGCUGGGAUGUACGCUCUACGCCUGCCUAGUAGGCAAGAGUCCCUUUGAAGCGCGAAGCGAGGAGACCGGCGGGAGUCUGAGUAUGUGUAUCAUGGGUGGCGAUUGGCGAUUCCCCGACGAAAAGUCGGGCGCAAACAAGGGCAAGUCCAAGACGGGAGGCGGAGACGCCCAGCAGGCCGAUCCCGCGACCAUCAGCGAGCCCGUCAAAGAUGUUGUCCGGAAGUGCUUGCAGGUGGAGCCUGCCGACCGACCAGACAUUGAUGAACUGAUCCAGCUCAUCGAAGACGCCAUCAAGGAUCUUCCGGACGACGAUGGGAUCUCGGGCAGCUCCCAUAAUGCCAUUCCUGGUACGUUCACUUUAAUCGACUCGGACCAUGUAGUGGCUCGUCGGCAUCUAGACGGGGGGAAUUCGGACAUUGUCCUCGUUCCUGAACCAUCUAAUGAUGCUGAUGAUCCGCUCAAUUGGUCGCCUCGGCGGAAGCUGUUGUCGACUAUUUGCGCCACUGGGCUUUCGAUACACACGCUGAAUGAGGGUACUGGAUUUUUCUUUUUGCUUGCGGGGUGGGGACUGCUAUUCUGGCAGCCAUUUGCAUUGCAGUAUGGGAAGCGGGUGACGUUUCUGGUUUCGUUGAUUGGAGUUAUAGGUUACAGGAUACUAACGAACAGGCCAUUUGUGAAAAACAACGGACAGUGGAUAGGGCGAAGCAUAUUAGCGGGCUUCUUUACAGCCCCAAUUGAAGCCCUCCCAGAGGUCGCCGUGACCGACGUGUACUUCACACACGAGCGCGGGACCUACAUGGGUCUCUAUGCCUUCUUCUUAGCCGGAAGCAACUACUUUGCGCCUGUGAUCUGUGGCUUCAUCGCCGAGCACCACGGAUGGAAAUGGGUCUUCUACUGGCCGGCGAUCUUCUGCGGCUGUGCGUUUGUGUUUCUGUUCUUCUUCAUGGAGGAGACCAACUAUGUGCGCCAGAUGGAGACACCGGAGGAUGUUCCAGAGGAACUUCCCGCUGAACCAGAGCCGACCGAAAAAGAGAAACCCGCCCCUGUUGACACGACGCAGGGUGAUGCGGAACGAGGAGUAGUGUAUAACAAGAGAACCUACCGCCGGAAGCUCUCUGUGAUAGGAGCCAAACAACCGAGAAACAACAUGUUCCGGCGGUUCUACCAGACGCUGUAUUACUUGAGUUGGCCGGUGGUUUUUUACGCGGGAUCCCUCUUCACCGGCCGCUUCAGCGACUGGCUCACCAUCCGCCUGGCCCGCCGCAACAACGGAAUCAUGGAAGCAGAGCACCGUCUUUGGCCUUUUGCAGCCUGUCUACUCCUCGUUCCCGGGUCUUUACUCCUGUGGGGUGUAGGGGCAGCGCACGAAGUGCACUGGUUUGGGUUAUUAGUGGCCAUGUGUGUGUUGGCACUGACCAACACGUGUGGCGUGACUCUGAGCGUGAAUUAUUUGGUAGACAGCUACCGGGAGCUCAGUGGAGACGCCAUGUCGAGUAUUAUCUUGGUUCGCAACACCAUGUCCUUUGCUGUUGGCUAUGGGAUCACGCCGUGGAUCGAAAACCUCGGGUACCAGGACUGUUUUAUAUCGGCCGCAUUUAUCGGCCUAGCCUGUUCGGCUGUCUUCCUCGUCAUGAUCAAAUGGGGCAAAGAAUGUCGGAUUCGCAGCCGCGAGAAAUACUGGGCGAUAGUAAAAGAGAACCAAGCGAAAGGAAUGGGCCAUUGA